GUGAUUAGGAAGACCUUUGUAGGAGGUGCUGAUGAUUUUUCCUUCACGAAAAGAGGCAUGUGACUUGGACCUGCCAUUGAUUUGGCCAGCAGAGCAGGAAGGAGACUGGGCAAUUCACCCUUGGGUACUAAGUUUUCCAGAGCAGGAGUUAGUUUAACUUUUAGUUGGACUGGAGGAGCUCUUAAUUUGAGGCCAUGUCCAGAGAUGGUAUUUCUGGCUUUUGGCUUUUCUUACCUAGAGCUCCUGGUAGUGGAUUCAGGGUUUCCAUUUUGGCCGUAGAAGGCUUUGCCAAGCAGGUACUCAGACACUACCGGGUUAAGCCUCUGGCCUUCUGGCCUUCUGGCCUUCCUUCUGUGAAUUGGGCUGGGAAAGUGUCCCGAGUUCCUAACAGCUGCUCUACAUGGAAGGGCAGAAGCACCCCCAAAGUGUGCUGGUCUGGUGGUGCUGGCCCCCCUGGCUUCUCUGUGGGCCAUCACAAUGGAGGGUGGGGGACAAUCCUGGACAGGACCUCAUAGCCCCACUGUGAGCUAAUUUGGGAUCUCUAGGGUACCCACAUGAAGUCAUAGCUUACUGUGACUUACACAGGCCCCUGAGGAUGAAGGUAACAGUCCUGUGAGCACUGAGGCUGGGCUGGGACCAACACCUGAGCCAUGGCUCCAGCACUCUGAUUCCUGGCCCGGCCAUGCUGCUGAGGGUGCACAGCCCAGGCCUACCAUCGCCCCCACCCUUGGUGGCAGAACCGAGCACUACCCAGCAAGGUGUAAUUACUUCAAGCCUCCAGGAUGGCAAUCCAGUUCCGUUCGCUCUUCCCCUUGGCAUUGCCUGGGAUGCUGGCGCUCCUCAGCUGGUGGUGGUUUUUCUCUCGUAAAAAAGGCCAUGUCAGCAGCCAUGAUGAGCAGGUGGAGGCUGGUGCUGUGCAGCUGAGGGCUGACCCUGCCAUCAAGGAACCUCUCCCUAUGGAAGACGUCUGUCCCGAAGUAGUGUCCACACCCCCCAGUGUCACAGAGCCACCAGAAAAGGAACUGUCCACCGUGAGCAAGCUGCCUGCAGAGCCCCCAGCAUUGCUCCGGACACACCCACCUUGCCGAAGAUCAGAGUCCUCGGGCAUUCUUCCUAACACCACAGACAUGAGAUCGCGACCAGGAACACGCAGAGACAACAGUACAAAGCUGGAGCUAGCCCUGACAGGUGGUGAAGCCAAAUCGAUUCCUCUAGAGUGCCCCCUUUCAUCUCCAAAGGGUGUACUAUUCCCCAACAAAUCAGCUGAGGUGUGUAAGCAAGAUUCCCCGUUCAGCAGGGUGCCAGGGAGGGUCCAGCCAGGCUACCCCGCAGUCCCUGCAGAGAAGCGUAGCUCUGGGGAGAGGGCAAGAGAGACAGGUGGGGCCGAAGGGACCGGUGAUGCUGUGUUGGGGAGAAAGGUGGUUGAAGAAGCUCUAUUGUCUCAGGAGCAUGUCUUGGAAUUGGAGAACAGCAAGGGCCCUAGCCUGGCCUCUUUAGAGGGGGAAGAAGAUAAGGGGAAGAGCAGCUCAUCCCAGGUGGUGGGGCCGGUGCAGGAGGAAGAGUAUGUAGCAGAGAAGUUGCCAAGUAGGUUCAUCGAGUCGGCUCACACAGAGCUGGCAAAGGACGAUGCGGCGCCAGCACCCCCAGUCACAGACACCAAAGCCCAGGACAGAGGUGUUGAGGGAGAACUGGGCAAUGAGGAGAGCUUGGAUAGAAAUGAGGAGGGCUUGGAUAGAAAUGAGGAGGGCUUGGAUAGAAAUGAGGAGGGCUUGGAUAGAAAUGAGGAGAUUGAGCAGGCUGCCUUCCAGAUAAUCUCCCAAGUGAUCUCAGAAGCAACCGAACAGGUGCUGGCCACCACGGUGGGCAAGGUUGCAGGUCGUGUGUAUCAGGCCAGUCAGCUCCAAGGGCAGAAGGAAGAGAGCUGUGUCCCAGUUCACCAGAAAACUGUCUUGGGCCCAGACACUGCAGAGCCUGCCCCAGUAGAGGCAGCUGCUGCCCCGCCGGAUGCUGCCCUCCCAUUGCCAGGCCUACCAGCAGAGGGCUCACCACCACCAAAGACCUACGUGAGCUGCCUGAACAGCCCUCUGUCCAGCCCCACCAAGGACAGUAAGCCAAAGAUCUCUGCACACCACAUCUCCCUGGCCCCCUGCCUGGCACCGACCACCCCAAGUGAAGAGUCGCCAGACCGGGCAGGCAUCCUGGUGGAAGAUGCCACCUGUGCCACCUGCAUGUCAGACAGCAGCCAAAGUGUCCCUUUGGUGGCUUCCCCAGGACACUGCUCAGAUUCUUUCAGCACUUCAGGGCUUGAAGACUCUUGCACAGAGACCAGCUCAAGCCCCAGGGACAAGGCCAUCACCCCGCCACUGCCAGAAAGUACUGUGCCCUUCAGCAAUGGGGUGCUGAAGGGGGAGUUGUCAGACUUGGGGGCUGAGGAUGGAUGGACCAUGGAUGCGGAAGCAGAUCAUUCAGGAGGUUCUGACAGGAACAGCAUGGAUUCUGUGGAUAGCUGUUGCAGUCUCAAGAAGACUGAGAGCUUCCAAAAUGCCCAGGCAGGCUCCAACCCUAAGAAGGUCGACCUCAUCAUCUGGGAGAUCGAGGUGCCAAAGCACUUAGUCGGUCGGCUAAUUGGCAAGCAGGGGCGCUAUGUGAGUUUUCUGAAGCAAACAUCUGGUGCCAAGAUCUACAUUUCAACCCUGCCUUACACCCAGAGCGUCCAGAUCUGCCACAUAGAAGGGUCUCAACAUCAUGUAGACAAAGCGCUGAACUUGAUUGGGAAGAAGUUCAAAGAGCUGAACCUCACCAAUAUCUACGCUCCCCCAUUGCCUUCGCUGGCGCUGCCUUCUCUGCCGAUGACAUCCUGGCUCAUGCUGCCUGAUGGCAUCACCGUGGAGGUCAUUGUGGUCAACCAGGUCAAUGCCGGGCACCUGUUCGUGCAGCAGCACACACACCCUACCUUCCACGCGCUGCGCAGCCUCGACCAGCAGAUGUACCUCUGUUACUCUCAGCCUGGAAUCCCCACCUUACCCACCCCAGUGGAAAUAACGGUCAUCUGUGCCGCCCCUGGUGCAGACGGGGCCUGGUGGCGAGCCCAAGUGGUUGCCUCCUACGAGGAGACCAACGAAGUGGAGAUUCGAUACGUGGACUACGGCGGAUAUAAGAGGGUGAAAGUAGACGUGCUCCGGCAAAUCAGGUCUGACUUUGUCACCCUGCCGUUUCAGGGAGCAGAAGUCCUUCUGGACAGUGUGAUGCCCCUGUCAGACGAUGACCAGUUUUCACCUGAAGCAGAUGCUGCCAUGAGCGAGAUGACAGGGAAUACAGCACUGCUUGCUCAGGUGACAAGUUACAGUCCAACUGGUCUUCCUCUGAUUCAGCUGUGGAGUGUGGUUGGAGAUGAAGUGGUGUUGAUAAACCGGUCCCUGGUGGAGCGAGGCCUUGCCCAGUGGGUAGACAGCUACUACGCAAGCCUUUGACCCCUAUACUGCUUCCUCAGAGUCUUUUUUUUGCACUGUUGAAAUUGGGCUUGGCACUCAAGUCUAAGAUUAACAUCGGAAUAACAAACAUUGUCCUCUCCAGAAAGUCCUUUCUUCCUCCAUACUGUAGUCCUAUUGAGAAGACGUUUCGUCUCUGAGAAAAAAGGAUGGAACUAUGGGUUCUCUUCUCAAAGCCAAAGGAUAGUGUUUAACAAGCCAGCAGGCUUAUCCUGGUUCUCAGCUGUUUAAAAAAAAAAAAAAAAAAAGGAAUAGAAACAGCCUCAACCAGACUGUCCUGUUCCCCCUGUUCCAUUCCCCUCUUCUUCCUUCUAUCUCCUUCCCUGGCAAAAACCAAACAAACUGGCAGACAGGCCAGGGAUGUAUGUUUGCUUGCUUGAGAGGGUUUCUUUUACUUCAAAAUCUUUCUUCAGGGAGCAAGACAUGAACUGACUAAUUGGUAUCCACUACUUGUACAGCUUACAUAAAUGAAUUGAUGAUAUUUAACCAGUUUUUAUAAACUUCAUUUUGGUCUCUAAACACAGACUUUUUAAAUUGCAUCUGUAAAUAUGAAAUGGUCAUCACACCUGACCUUGGUCAGUGGGGAGGGGAACUGGUAUCCUGCCAAGCCUGGUUGUAAUUUGUAACCAUUUUCUAUUUGUGCAAACUCUGUAAAUAUGUGUUUAAACAAAUGUAAUAUUUUGUACAAGAUACACUGGAGAACAAAGGGAACUCAAGAUUUUUCCAGCCACAUGUUACCUGUAAGUAGAAGUAGACUCUGCAGUGCAGCUUCCGCUCUUGGCGCCUCUGGCCAGGGCCCCUGUGGCUUCCUGCACACUGGACGGGUGACUGUAUGGUAGAGACUGAUCUGGGAACUUUUUGCUGUACAAAUCUGUUUAAAAAAAAAAUAGUAACUCAUUGAAUUAACUUGCAGUGGUGUGUUUGAUUCUUUUUUAGACUGGCUUCAGCAUUGUGCAGUUUAAAAAUAAGUAACUUAAGUAACUUACAUAAAUCUUCAAUUGUAUGAACUAUA